AUGCCUCGACUCCCCGACCGCGCUGGGCUCCUCCUCGGCGUGGUGCUGCUGACGGCGCUGCUGGCCGCGGUGCGAGGGCUCCCCCUGCGGAAGCCGCGGGGACCCGGGCCCCGACCCCGGAGCCACACGAGGCUGGCGGAGGUCUCAGCCUCCCCAGAUCCCAGCUCGACUAGAGGAGAAGAAGGGACACCACUGCUCCCCAGAGCCCUCCUCCAGGCAGGGCCCCGCCGACACAGGCGCCGGGCUCUCACUGAGCCAGUGGCCCUGACCGUGCACGAGCCCCCUGCACCCGGGGCCCUGGAGGAUGCUCCCUUACUGCUGGAGCUGCAAAAGCUGCCGGGACUGGCCAACACAGACUUGAGUGCCCCAAACCCCAAUAUCCAGGUGACCAUUGAGGUGGUGGAGGACCCCCAGGCUGAGGUGGAGAUGGACCUGAUGGCCGAGCCCAGCAAUCGCUGGCCCCAGGGCGCCCCCAGCUGGCUGCCUGCCAAGGAGUUCUUCUGGCCUCUAUUCUGGGGCUACCUGGAGGGCGAGGAUGGGAGGACGGGCCUCAUGGGCAGAGCUCCUGGGGAGGAGGAAGAAGAGGAGGAAGAAGAUUACCCUCUCGAGUACAGUGAGAGCGAGGACCAGGAGGACAACGAUGAGGAAGAUGAUGACUAUGAGGAGCCUGGGUUCAGUGGGACCACUGGAGGCUGGGGGCAGGGCUGGCGGACCCCUGGGGACUGGGCCUUCAAGGAGCCCGACAGCUACGACUAUGAGCUUCAAGAGGAGUGGAGCCCCUGGUCUCCCUGCAGUGGGAGCUGCGGCGGCGGCAGCCAGCGGAGGACUCGGCCCUGUGGCUACGCCUGCACUGCCACCGAGUCCCGUGCCUGCGACCUGCCCCCCUGUCCUGGCGCCGAGGACGAGGACCCCUUGGGCUUCCCCAGUGAGAGGUGGCAGCCCCUGGCCCACAAUGCUACGGACAUGCUCAGCCCAGAUGUGGACAGCUGUGAGAAGUGGCUGAACUGCAAGAGUGACUUCCUGGCCAAGUACCUGAGCCAGGUGCUGCAGGACCUGCCCAGCUGCCCGUGCGCGUACCCGCUGGAGGCCGUGUCCAGUGCCGUGAGCCUGCGGGACGAGCACCAGGGCCGCAGCUUCCGGUGGAGGGAUGCCAGUGGCCCGCGAGAGCGCCUGGACGUGUACCAGCCCACGGCCCGCUUCUGCCUGCGCUCCCUGCUGUCCGUGGAAAGCAGCACGCUGGCUGCCCAGCACUGCUGCUACGACGCGGGCAGCCGGCUGCUGACCCGAGGCAAGGGUGCUGGCGCGCCCGACCUCGUCAGCACCGACUUCUCGCCUGAGCUGCACUUCAAGGUGGACACGUUGCCCUGGAUCCUGUGUAAGGGGGACUGGAGCCGCUACCACGCUGUGCGGCCCCCCAACAAUGGACGGGCCUGCGCUGACAACCCUCCCGAGGAGGAGUACCUGGCCCAGUUGCAGGAGGCUAAGGAGUACUAAUGAGGGGCUGCUGUGCUGAAGAAAUUUCCUUGCAGGCCCCUCCCCCUGCCUCUGCCCACACCUGGUGGGGCUGGUCUGGGGCCUCCAGCCCUCUGCCUUUGAACCUGAGGCAGGGAGAUCUGCGCCCCACGUGUCGGUGUGGGAUCGGGGAGAAGGUUGAAGGUGUAUAGGACCCAGGGUGAGAGAAGGGAGCUCAGUCCCCAAGGCCCUGGCGGGUGCCAGGCAAUGUGUCUGUGGGGGCUCCCUCUCCUGCCUAGCCUGGCCACCCAUUUUCCUCCCUUUCCCUGAGAGCUGGGCUCUUCUGCCCUGGCUCUGGACACAGGUGUGAGUCAGGCUUUCCACACAUAUCCUGAGCCCUGGGACCUGUGGUGAGUCACUCAGAGCCCAAGCCCUGAGGACCAGUCCUUUCAUCCCACCUCACAGCUGCCCCUUGGCAGGCUGACAGCCAGGCCUGGGUCAGCAGCAUCCCCUUAGCUCUGAAUGGUCCCACGUGGCCUCUUGACCCAUGUCCUGCCAGGCAGGUUAUCCUCAGCUCCCAGCUGCCUUUUGACAGAAACCACUUUAGGGCUAAAGGCCAUCAGUGGGGCCAUGUGUGGACAGACAGGCUGAGGAAGCCAAGACAAGGCAGGAUCGGGGUAGGGGAUGGGUUAACCAAUUCCGAUCCCUUUCUUUGUCCAGCCCACCUCUGUUCUGUCCAGGGCUGAGAGAUGACACUGAAUGGGCACAGCAGCCAGGCUUGGGCUGGGCUCAGAACCACUCAGGAAGAUGUGUCAUGUGCGGGGUGAACUGGUAAAUCAGUUUCCUGGGGGAGGGGAGGGGCAGGGGAAACAGCCUCAACUUGUAGCAUUUGGGCCAUUUCUGUGGUGUAAACAUUCCCACUGAGGCCCACUUCAAGCUGCCAAGGUGAUGCUGGGGAAUGCACUGAGCUCAGAGUUGGGAAAAGACAAGAAAGUCAGCACCCAACAUAUUUCAUGCCUCUUCCCUGACUCCGUUAAAUCUACCUCCAACCCCAACCCCCACACAACAUGUCCUUGCCUUCUAUGGGGUUACAAUGCUGAUGUCCCAACUGUCUCUGUUAGCAAUAGCCUUCAAAAGGUAGGGGACUUCAGUCCUAGCCCCUUGACAGCUGCCCUGAAGCUCUCUGGGAUCCUCAGCAAUAA